AUGGUCCGUAACACAACAGGUACUUCAACAGGCUUCACGAUAGCCGAGAGAGUUCAUCAAGAGUCGGCUCUCAGCCCAUUUCUUUUCAUAACAGUAAUAGAUGUAUUGUCACAGUCUAUACCUCAAACAGUCCCGUGGAAUAUGAUAUUUGCAGAUGAUAUUGUGAUACUUGGCGACCAAGGAAUGAAAGAAAGAUUAGUGAGUUGGAUAAAUAUCCUAGAAAAGCAUGGACUAAAAGUAAAUAGAGAAAAGACGGAGUAUAUGGUGAUAGGAGGAGAUAAAACAGAGAGCAUAGAUAUAAAUGAAUUCCAGAUAUCGGCAAUUUAA